GCGGGGCUUGGCAGUCGAUCAGCUGAUCAAUGUAAACAAUACACAGUCGUCUCUGCCAAGUAGCUCAAGGAGUAAAGUAGUAGUAGUAGGAUCUGUUGCGACUCUACUUACAAAAGUGCGUUGAUGUUUCAUGCAUUUUUCGCUCUCGCACGAUGGCAGCGAUUGAAUUGUUUCGACAUUGCAAGCAGGGCCACUUGGAAGAAGUGAGGAACUUAGUGGAACAGCGAGAUGUGGAUGUUAACAUCCGUGAUAAAUGGGACAGCACUCCUUUGUACUAUGCAUGUUUAUGUGGACACCUGCAAGUUGUAGAAUACUUAAUCGGAGUUGGAGCAAGAUGUGAGGCCAAUACUUUUGAUGGAGAAAGAUGUCUUUAUGGUGCUUUGACAGAUGAGAUUCGAAGAGUAUUAACACAGCAUAGCCUAGUCACAACUCACACAAUUAGACGAGAUGCAUACGACGAGUUUUUAAGGAGGGUCUUUGAAAGUGGUGAAUACAGCGACGUUACUUUUGUCAUCCAAGGGCAGUCGUUUCUCCUUCAUCGAUGUCUGCUAAGCGCGAGAUCGGAAUACUUCAAAGAUAUGUUUUUAACCAGAUGGCAUCACAAGGACAAAGUCACCAUCAACCGAGAUUUGGUCGACCCAGCAUCGUUUAGCGCAGUUAUGAAAUAUAUUUACACCGGUCGGUUUGAAUGUCCGCAAGAGUUGGUGGAAAGGUGCAUAAUGAUUGGUGUCAACUGUAAGUUACCGAACUUCAAGUCGAUGUUAGACGAUGCCCUCAAGAAAGCUGUCAGUUUACAAAUGGGUAAACAUGGCCUAGUGAAAGUCACAACGGUGGUCGUAGAGCCAGACACAUGUAUUGGUGCUGGAUCAGAAGGCGUUGGCUCUGAUCUGCGGGAACUGACGCAAGCCACCUUGCCGAAGCAUUUGCGUUUUUGGCCGACAGAAAUGCCCUUCUGUCCCACGCAGGAUCAGGCAAAUUUUGCUGAUGUCUGCUUUUUAGUGGAGGGACAUCAGUUCAUGUGCCACAAGAUGUUCUUCUGCCCGAGAAGUGAAUACUUCAAGGCACUGUUACGCGAUCACUUCAAAGAAGCCGAAUGGAAAGACUCAUCCUCUGAUACUCGUAUACCUGUCGUAACACUCCACAACAUAUCUGCGGAAGUCUUUGCAGUCCUGGUCCACUACCUUUACUGCAAUCAGUCAAUGGUAAAUUUGGAGAACGCCAUGGAUGUCAUCGUAGCAUCGGACAUGUUGUUAGUACCAGGACUGAAAAGACAGUGUGGGGUAUACUUGGGAACUCAGCUACACACUGAUAAUGUCAUCACUGUCUUGCGCCUGUCUCGUAUGUUUGAACUGCCUCGUCUGGAAGACCAGUGCAUUGCCUUCAUGGCAAAGAAUCUAGAACAGGUUUUGGAGGAGGAAGACUUUAGAGACCUAAUUUUGGCGGAUGCAGAGGAGGUUGUUGGUCGUCAGGAAACCGACACCGUGACAGUUGUGGAUGAAUUGCGAUAUUAUAUAUCUUCUGCGGUCGAAACCAUAUCAGAAAUUCACGAGGCGCGAACAAAAUUAGCGGCCCUAGAAGCAGUAUUAGAGGACUUGGGUAUCGAUGCUUAGAAAGCACUAUGACAGUACGUCGAUUGUUCUAGAAGCGUUUUUGAGAAGAUCGAUACUCAAAGUGAUGUGGGUAGAAGCUUUGGUUUUGAUUGUGAUAUUAGACACUCUUCCUUUUGUUGUAAAAGGGUCCUUAAGAAAUCCAUCAUAUGGAAACUUUAUUAUAUUUAUUUCUUAAAGAAAAUGAUAAUAUUACUGAAUACAGUAACAAAUCUGAGACCUGAAGCCUAUGCAAUUUUUUAUUUCUAAAAAAUUAUGCAUUACUGUAUAUUUAAAGGUUUGUAUCGAGUGUUAAACAGUUUUUUUGUUUCCCUAGAGGACAGAUAGUUAUGAGUUAACAGUAAAGCUUAGACUGACAGAAUGGACUUUUAGAAAUAUUUUAGUUUUACAACACUGAUGUUUAUCAGUGUCAUUGAAGGUUCAACAGAGUAAUAAGGUAUAUCAUGCUCAUAUUUUCCCCCCAUUACUGAACUAUUAUCAAAACUAUAGAUUUUAGUGUACAGAGUUAAUAUAUUUUAGAAUACAAUACACAUUUUGCGAUGUGUAAUUGUAAGUUGAUAUUUUUCUCAUACAGUACAGUACUGUAUUUGAAAAUGAGUACGUUAAUUACCUUUAUUUGAAUGCACUUUGUCGUCUCGUUAAGGUAUAAGGAAAUAUUUUAGAUGUAAUUAACUGCAUAGCUAAAGCUCGGUUUAAUUGAGUGAAGUGAGGCCUUGCUUGUGCAAGACAUUCAUUGGUUCUGAAAUCUCUCUUCUUUUCCCGAAUGUUAAACUUUAUAAAUCAAAUUCUGAAGGCUCCAAAAUCUAUUGUAUUUCAUUUGUUGGUAGGAAGUUAGGUCAGCAUUGGCCUGAAUAGAUUGUUUAUCAUGAUUUUAUAAAACUUGUUAAUGUUCUGUUGCCUGAUAUGAUAUGUUAAUUUGUGUGAUAUACCUUUCCUUUGCUUAUCAGCUCCCAAAACAAGAAUGCUUUCUGGGUUUUUGUAGACUGUCAAGUAAAAUAUUUCAGCUUUGACAGUUGACUGUCUUGGAAGUUUUCAACUGUUGCUGGCUGCAUUUACAAAGAUUUUCUCAUCCUUUUUUAUAUAAAUAGACAUGAUUAAUCCCCAUCAACGAGAACUGAUUAACCCAGAUUCUAUAGAAAUAGCUACCACUGCCCUCUAGUUUUUUUUUUAUUGAAAUGUACGGAUACCGUUGUUUAAUUCCAAGCUGGAAAGUAAGCCUGUAAACUGUGGACAUCAGAUAUUGUACCUUUGUGAAUGAAAUUUAGGGUGAAACCCUUCGCUAUUUGACGUAUUGUAGUUUCAUGAAUUAUAUCUAAUGUCACCUGCCAGGGAAACCUUUGUGUUUGGGAGUGUAACCCUAAAAAAAUUUACUUGUAUAAAGAUUUUACCUAAAAGUGAAGCAGUCUGCCAAUUAUUUACAUUAUGAAUCAGUUUUGACUAUGAGUCUGUAAAAUAUUUGGUUAAGAGUUAUGAAUUUUUUUUAUUACUUUUAGUUUAAGAGCUGUAUAUAUUUUCUGUUUUAUUGUUAUGUGCAGAAGUGAUAAAAGUAGUCCUCUUUUUCAGAUAUACAAACCAUUGCCUUAGGCAGCAGAUACAGAGACAAUAGUUUGUCUUGUAUGAGCAUUAUGUUUGUUUGUUAAAGGAAAAAUCUGUUCCAGAUGAGUAGUCAUGAAGUUAACGGAAUCUUAAGCAUAUUUUUGCUAAUAUACAAGACAGAAGUUUUUCGCUUUAUCUUCAUUAUACUACUUCAAUGAAACAGCAGCUUUAUAGUCAGCAGAGUAAAAUAGAUAUAUGGUGACCUUGAAUAUAAGUAGGUUUGUUUAAUGUUGCCAAGGAUUGUCUAUAAAAUACAAAGAACCAACCAUUUAAUUAAAAUACAAAAAAAAAAAAAAAAAAGUCAUGCAAACGAAUUGCAUUUUGAAAUUAGAAGCCGCACUUCCAACUGUUCUGUAAAUCGUGUCCAUGAAAGAGUUAUCCAAAGUUAGCACGAACCAGCGUUAAUAUGUUUUAAGCACUUUCUACUUUUAUGGAAGACAUGAUGCAAUUUUGACGCCUGUUAGAAUGUUCGAAAAUCGUAAAUAAUAAAAGUCAUCGUGUAACUGUGCAACUUAUAAUACAAUAGUACAAGUUACUGUACCUACAAGAAUUAUAACCAUCCAUGUUUCAGUAAUAAGAAAAUGAUACAAAUCUUGAAGAAUACUUUGUCAUUUUUAGGUUUUAUAAUAUGUACCCAAAAGCUUGAAAGAGGCAAAGGAGAAAUAUUCUCAUGUUUUAAGGAACAGCAGACAGAAAUUGAGUGGUAUGUACAUGUACUGGUUCUUAUUUUAUUGGACUCAUUUUUUUUUUUUUUAUCUCUGUACUCUUAAAUCAUGUCUUGAGUGAACUCCUUGCUGACACCCUUCUUUGCUUAAAAGCAAAUGUAGAGAUUGUUAUUAUUCUUACAUGCACAAAACUGUAGUUUUGUAAAAGUCCUUCAGACUAUAAAUUUCCCUUCAUCAAGAAUAAAUUCAGUGAAAGGUACAAAGUGCUUUAUGUGACUAGUCAGUGAUGCAAAGUAAUGUACUUUUAACUUUUCCUGUAUGGCAGUGCAUUAGUUUUGAUAUCUAGAGGCAAUAAAUACCCUUAGAGUCCAAUAGAAAUCAAAGUUGAAAGCAAAUAGUGAUUGUCAGAAUACUGUUUAUAUCUUCCAAGUACAACUUUUAAUUGCAGUUUAGUUUUUAUGGCUGGAUAUUAUCUUCGACAAUGAAAUAGAUUUUCUUUUUUAUAUAUUAAAUGUUUUUUAAAAAUUUAUACCUUUAUCAGUUCAUUAGAAGUUAGUUGGUUAUACCCAUAAAAUUUGAAAUCGGUCGGAUGCUUGUCUUCAUACUGUGGAGUGACAGAUGAACCUGUUUAUUUUAUUUUAUUUUUUUGUGUUACCUCCAGAAAGCUGCUGAAACAAGCCGUUGAGGAACCCUGCCAACUGUCAGGCUCACGUGCGCUUGCAUUGAUUGUAAUGGCGCUAUGUAAAAAUCCAGUAGUCUUAUAAGUUAUAUUCAUUUCCUCACAUAACCACUGUAAUUGUUUUCAUUUAUUUCAUUACAUAACCCUUGUGAUUGUUUUCAUGUUUUGAUCAUUUCUUACAGUACUCUUUAAAACCUUAACUCAUAGUGCGCUUGAUAGCACUACAGAGUUUGGGUUUACAUAACCACAAUUAAAAUAUUGUUUUUCAUGUAAAUACUGUAUAGUUACAAGAAACUUGAGCAUAAUGCAGUAAAAUUGUUUCCUGAUACAGCAUAGGUUAUAAUGACAAGAGUUUUAGUUUUGUUUAUAGAAUGUCUUGCAACUUGUUUAUUGUUAAUGGAAAUACGUCUAUAAAUAUAGAUUACAGAAUCUA